GUUGCCUUUAACGGUUCGAUGUACGCAUGUGCAGCGACAGGAACUGUGGGUAAUAUGUCAAAGGUGAAAACCUCUGACUUGUAAACAGAUCUCAGCUUUAACAUUGUCUCGAUUUGCACAACAAUGUCCUGAUUCAAGACUUUAUUUUUGCUGCAGUCUCAGUUCUCCAAGAACGCUGUCAGCAAUAAGUUUGACGAGAAAAACAUGUACCAAGUGGCAAGACAAGUUGCAAGAGGAAUGGAGUAUCUGUGUGGACUGAAGUUCAUACAUGGUGACCUGGCUGCCAGGAACGUCCUUGUCGGAGACGGCCUCUGUGUGAAGAUCUCAGACUUCGGGCUGAGCAGCGACAUCUACCGGCGAGGGUACUACCGCGAGGACCCCUGGCGCAAAGUCCCGGUGAAGUGGGCGGCACCCGAGCGGCUGAUGGAGGGGAUGAAAUGCAGCAUCAAGGCUGACGUGUGGAGUUUUGGGAUUCUAUUGUAUGAAGUGGCUACACUAGGAGAGGACCCCUACCCUGACAUACCGAACAGCACUGUCGCGCUGGUGAGCCGCCUGUCCUCCGGAUACCGCAUGGCGCAGCCCGAGGGAUGCUCCAACCGCCUGUACGAGUUGAUGUGCCGGUGCUGGGAGUGGGAGCCGACCAGCCGACCAGGCUUCACGGAGCUGCUUAACGAGUGUGACCAGGCCCUACGUAUACAAGACAAGUCUCAUAGGUAGAUCAUGGGCCCCCUAACGACUUUCUAUGGUAUUGCAGGUACGAGUUGAUGUGCCGGUGCUGGGAGUGGGAGCCGACCAGCCGGCCAGGCUUCACGGAGCUGUUUAACGAGUGUGACCAGGCCCUGCAGGACAAGUCUCUUGGGUAGAUCAUGGGCCCCCUAACGACUUUCUAUGGUACUGCAGGUACGAGUUGAUGUGCCGGUGCUGGGAGUGGGAGCCGACCGCCCGGCCAGGCUUCACGGAGCUGUUUAGAACG